CUCUCCAGCAAUUCGACCCUGCCGCCGCCGAAAUGGAGGAAGUACAAGAGCAGUCCAAGAAUGCGCUGAAGAAAGCCCAGAAGCAGGCUAAGGCGGCCGCCGCCAAGGCCGAGAAAGCGACCAACGUCCCCAUUGUCGGCGGGAAGGGGCAGAAGAAAGAUGACUCCAAGGAGAUUAUUGGUAUUACCGUCUCGAAAGAGGGACACUUUGCCCAAUGGUAUCAGGACGUGGUGAUCAAGGCUGAGCUUGUGGAAUACUACCAUGAGAUCUCCGGCUUCUACAUUCUCCGACCUGGUGCGAUGUACAUCUGGAACGAGAUCCGCGCUUGGUUCCAAGAACGAAUUGCGGCCAUGGGCGUGGAGGAGACAAGCUUCCCCAUGUUCCUCUCGUCCAAGUCGCUGGAGAAGGAGAAAGAGCAUGUCGAAGGCUUCGCUCCCGAGCUGGCCUGGGUAACCAAAGCAGGCGAUAAAGACCUCGAGAUCCCCGUCGCAGUGCGCCCGACCUCCGAAGCCGUCAUGUACCCGUACUAUGCUAAGUGGAUCCGCUCGCACCGAGACCUGCCGCUCCGACUAAAUCAGUGGAACUCUGUCGUCCGAUGGGAGGCCAAGCAGACAACUCCGUUUCUCCGAGCACGGGAGUUCCUGUGGCAGGAAGGACACACCGCACAUCUUACGGAACAACUCGCAGAAACGGAGGUGCUGCAGAUUCUUGAUCUGUAUGCGGGAGUUUACGAGCAGCUGCUGGCAGUGCCUGUUGUAAAGGGGAGGAAGACCGAGGCAGAGAAGUUUGCUGGUGGCUACUGGACAUCGACAUGCGAAGGUUACAUUCCGACCAACGGUCGCGGCAUCCAGGGCGCGACUUCUCACGCUCUAGGCCAGAACUUCAGCAAGAUGUUUGAGAUCACAGUUGAGGAUCACGAUAAGAACAAGGUGCACGUCUGGCAGAACUCCUGGGGUCUGUCAACUCGCGUCAUCGGCGUCAUGGUCAUGAUCCAUGGUGACGAUAAAGGCCUCGUUCUUCCUCCUCGCGUCUCCAAAUACCAGGCGAUCCUGAUACCUGUCGGUCUGACGGCCAAGAUGAGCGCAGAGGACAAAGCAGCUCAUAUGAAGAAAGUCGAUGGGCUGUACGACGACCUGAAGAAAGCCGGCGUCCGCUCCCACGUAGAUGAUCGCGAGGGCUACACGCCCGGCUUCAAGUUCGCCGACUGGGAGCUGAAAGGCGUUCCCCUCCGUCUCGAAUUCGGUCCCAAAGACGCCGCCAACUCUGUUGUCAGCUACGCGCGUCGCGAUACAGGCGCUAAAGGCACCAUUCCCAUCGCCGGGCUCGCCACGGAGGUCCCCAAGCUGCUGGACACAAUCCAGUCGGAUAUGUACAACAAGGCGGACGAGGCUUACAAAUCUCACCGACUGGUGUUGACAGAUUGGGAUAAGGUCGUGCCGGCACUAGACGCUCGCAAUGUGGUCCUCAUUCCGUUCUGCGAGGUCGAGGCAUGCGAGGACCGGAUUAAGGAGUUGACUAAGAGUGAGAACGUGGAGGUGGGCCCGGAUGGGCAGAAGAUGCCCAGUAUGGGCAUGAAGAGCUUGUGCAUUCCGUUUGAUCAGCCUGAAGGUCUCGUUAAGGGCGAGACGAAGUGCCUCAUGCCGGAGUGCAAAGCGCUCGCCAAAUCCUGGACAAUGUUUGGCCGCAGCUACUAGCCACUGCAAAGCGGCUCUUUGCUCAAACGGCGAAAGCCUGGGCGGGAUUGAGGCUCCGGCCUCCAAAAAGCGGCAUUCCGGGGAGUAGUGCGGCGGCACGCGGGCGUCCGGCGGCGGCGGCGAAUUGGCGAACUGGGUUGGACGAUUUGGGACUGGCCAGAUACGUAGAGAAGAAAGUGUCUGUAGCAAUUCAAGAUGAUAACCAC